AUGUACAAUAAGUACAUGGGUGGCGUAGAUCGUUUCGACGAAAACGUGGACUCCAUGAGGAUAAGAAUGCCUGCCGAGGUGAGGAGUGCAGGAAGUGCUGACGAUCAUUCGCAAAUGGACUGCUCUCAGCGAAGAUGUGGAUAUUGUCACCAACGCACAAGAAAAAUGUGUGGCAAAUACAAUGUUGGUUUGCAUCUAAAGAGCUGGUACAAAUUCCAUAAUUAA